UCAAGAGAAGUUGGGAAAUACUGUCAAAAGCUUGGUUUUCAGUUGAAGUAUUGCAUUGUCAAGUGUUAAGCAACAAUAUUUGUAAAACUUCUGAAUUCAGGGAUUGAGAUGCAUGUACAUUGAUAUGGAUAAAAAUGUGAAACUUGUCAAAGGUUUGAGAAGAAAGGGCAUGAUUUCAGCACUGAUAAAGAUAAUUUGUGCUUUUGAUCAAUUCUGUCAGUUAUUUUAUUUUUGUGCAUCUGUUUAAGUCUUAUAGUAUGGCUUUGAGAAAAUUUGUGGCAAAACUUGAGUUUUGGUAUCAGUGAUUAGUUUUCUUAUUUCAGACAUCUUAUGGAAAUAAUGAAUUUACUUUGGAUUAUCUUUUAUCAUGUUCAAUUAAUUGUAUGUACUUUCUUCCCACUUUAUUACUCUUCAAAACAUUAACACAUUUUGAUGGUUCAACCAGGUGACCAUUGGAAGCAAGUGAUACUAUUGACAUUUGAAGCUCCUUAUACUUCAUUUAGCUAUGACUUGUUUUCCUUUAUUUUUCAGUAAGUCAUCUUCUUCAGCAAGAAAAGAUCCAGAAAUUGAUGAAGGCAUUCAUAAUGUUAAACUCUACUCCUACAAAGAAUUAAGAAAUGCCACUGAUGACUUCAGUCAAGCCAAUAAAAUCGGAGAGGGUGGUUUUGGUUCUGUCUACAAGGGACGACUUAAAGAUGGAAAAGUUGCUGCAAUAAAAGUUCUUGCAGCAGAAUCAAGACAAGGAGUGAAGGAGUUCUUGACAGAGAUUAAUGUAAUCUCAGAGAUAGAGCAUGAAAAUUUGGUCAAGUUAUAUGGUUGCAGUGUUGACAAAAAUAGCAGAAUAUUAGUCUACAAUUACCUGGAGAAUAAUAGCCUGUCACAAACUCUUCUCGGUGGAAAUCACAAUAAAAUGUACUUUGAUUGGCGAACAAGAUGUAAAAUAAGUAUUGGUAUUGCUCGUGGACUGGCCUAUCUUCAUGAAGAAGUAAGGCCUCAUAUUGUUCACAGGGAUAUAAAAGCAAGCAACAUCCUCCUUGAUAAAGAUCUUACACCCAAAAUUUCAGAUUUUGGUCUUGCAAAGCUUAUUCCAGCAAACAUGACUCAUGUUAGCACCCGAGUAGCAGGAACAAUAGGUUAUUUGGCACCCGAGUAUGCAAUAGGGGGGAAGCUAACAAGGAAAGCAGAUGUUUACAGUUUUGGUGUCCUCCUUGUGGAGAUAGUCAGUGGAAGAUGCAACACGAACACGCGAUUACCAUUAGAAGAACAAUUUCUUCUAGAGAGGACUUGGGAACUUUAUGAGAGAAAGGAAUUGGUGGGACUGGUAGAUACAUCACUGGACGGGGAAUUCGAUGCCGAGCAGGCUUGUAAGUUUAUGAAAAUUGGCCUUCUUUGCACUCAGGAAUCGCCAAAGCUCCGGCCAUCCAUGUCUUCUGUGGUGAAGAUGCUCACAGGAAAAAUAGAUGUUGAUGACAGUAAGAUAACAAAACCUGCCUUAAUUUCUGAUUUCAUGGACCUCAAAGUUAGAAGGAACGAAGAAAGUAGUAGUUAUGUGAAGAAUUCAUCUACCUACAAUACAUACUCUUCUUCAGACAACCAUGACACUACCAUGUCUUCUGCCACAACUACAACUUUUGCUGCAGUAUAUGAUGAAAGCAUGUGAACAUCAAUACAUGUUGAUUUCUCCUUUAGUAAAAAAGAAUUAGUUUGAUUCCUUAGACUUGUAUCUGAUGUAAAUUUUGCAAAUUUUCAUACUUUUUUGAGUGAUUUUUUGUCUUGGAUGUAAUCCUACAUGACUAGGGAGUUGCCAUGUGCUGUUCUGUAAAUAUGAUGAGAGCUUGUGUUCAAUGAUAAAUUUGAAGAUUUUUUUGUUUAAUAGGCACAUAUCAUAGGCACACCUUUUUUAGUUUGUCUUGAAGAUGGAGUUGAGAUUUAGGGUUUGUUAGGAAAGUGAGAAUGGUGAAAAGAAGAAAAAUCCACUUACUCACUAGCAAGAAAUUGCUAGUACAUUUCCUAUGCCUUUGUCAUUUGUACUAUAUGGUCGGAGCAAUAAUGUCUCAUGUUCUUGUAAUUACAGCUGGAGAAGUCCCUAUCUUGAGUGUGGUAAACUUCCAAAUGUUUUGGAGUAGUUAAUGAAAUUCAAAAAUAGAAUUAUGCUGUGUAGAAUAUAUAGAACUCUUGUCUGCAAUCCAGAAUACUUGGUCAACUGUUGAAUGAAUAAUUCCUAUAGCUUGUAAGGUUAGAAUAGUUGAUCUGACAUAAUACCCCAUUUGUGAACACUUUUGUGAAAUGUGUCAUUUUUUCAGAACAAGGGUGCCACAGUCCCUCUAUGAGAAGGUUAACGCUAUGUUCUCCAGGAUUUGCAGGUAAAUUUGCAUUCGUUUUGAAUUAUUUAAAAGUGAGUGAAAGGGAUGACAUUAGAAAGUAGAUUUUAAGUUUAACUCAAUCUCACAAAACAAGCUUGAAAGUGAGGUUUGUACUCCACUUAUAUAUUAUAAAUUGGUCUUAUCUUUAGUUGACGUGAGAUUUUCAACAUACUUUUUCACAUCGAGAUAUAGACAUCUUGAGCGUGAGAGUAAAAUUAAUGGGUGAUCCGAUAGUAGUCCUACAACAGGUGAAACAUAAUGUCACAUAUAUCUCGUUAGAAUAGACUCUAACUUGACUCUCGUACUAUAUUAAGAAGUGAAUUUUAAAUCUAACUUAUUAAUGAUUUGUAAGAAUGAACAUUUUCAUAU